UCGAAAAGCUACAGGCUGGUGCUCUUGCAACAGAUGCAGUGACUGCAGCACUUAUAGAACUGGAGGAUUCUCCUUUUACAAAUGCAGGAAUGGGUUCUAACUUAAACCUUCUGGGUGAGAUAGAAUGCGAUGCCAGCAUAAUGGAUGGAAAGUCUUUGAAUUUUGGAGCAGUUGGAGCACUGAGUGGAAUCAAGAAUCCAGUUUCAGUUGCAAAUAGAUUGUUGUGUGAAGGGCAGAAAGGAAAACUCUCUGCUGGCAGAAUUCCACCUUGCUUUUUAGUUGGUGAAGGAGCUUUCAGAUGGGCAGUUGAUCACGGGAUACCAGCAUGUCCUCCAGGUAUCAUGGCUACAAGGUUUAGUUUAGCAGCUUUUAAGAGGAACAAGAGGAAGCUGGAGUUGGCUGAAAAGGUAGAAACUGAUCUCAUUCAACUAAAGAAGAGAAGACAAUCAAAUGAAAAGGGCUCCAGAGUCAUGUGCAGAACGUGUGGGAGACCCUCAAAGGCCAAUGAUGGUAGUAGAGGAGGUGAUCAAAUAGAGCUCUACUCGUUGGAGAAUGACUCAGGAACAUUGGAUACAGUCGGUGCAGUAGUUGUUGACCAAGAAGGAAAUGUUGCUGCUGCUGUCUCCAGUGGAGGCUUAGCACUAAAGCAUCCUGGAAGAGUUGGUCAGGCAGCUCUUUAUGGUUGUGGCUGCUGGGCUGAAAAUACAGGAGCUCAUACACCUUACUCCACUGCUGUGAGUACUUCAGGUUGUGGAGAGCACCUUGUCCGAACCAUACUGGCCAGAGAAUGUUCUUGUGCUUUGCAAACAGAAGAUGCCCACCAAGCUCUCCUAGAGACUAUGCAAAACAAGUUUAUUGGUUCACCUUUCCUUGCCAAUGAAGAUGGUGUACUUGGAGGUGUGAUAGUUCUUCGGUCUUGCAGGUGUUCAGCAGAACCUGAAUUAUCACAGGAGAAGCCAACUUUACUAGUGGAAUUUCUGUGGAGCCAUACAACAGAGAGCAUGUGUGUAGGAUACAUGUCUGCACAGGAUGGCAAAGCUAAGCUGUUGAAACUGGAAAAAUCAUAAACAUCAAACAGUAGAGAUUAACCAAGGAGGAUAGAAGCCACAUCUUCUUUGGCAUACAGCACUGAAUGGAGAAAAAAGGCAGGUACUACCAUGUAGCAACUAGAAUAUGUAAGAGAGGUGUUUGGACAAUGAGAAUCAUCAUGGGGGAAGCUGCAAAUGGAGACAGAAUCGUUUCCAUAGUCAUCUAUAAUGUACAGCGAUAGUUAUUUAAGGCUGAGAGUGGACAAUCAGAACCAGUUAAAGGAAGUGACAAGAGUGGGGAAAGAGCCAGUGUAAAAGAUGGCUCAUUGAUAAUGUUAAAGUAACGGCAGAGAGAAUAAUUUGAGGGCCUGGAUUUUAUUGGCUCUCUCCGGAUAUAGGUACUUCUUGUGUCACUGCUAGGGAGGAAAGUUUAGUCAUUGUCAGUAAAGGGG